AUGAAGUCAACAACUGCCGCUAAUGUUGAUUUUUUUGAAAACCUAACAAGUCUUCCGCUAGAUAUUAUUGCUAGAAUCAUUGCUUACUUGCCUAGGUGCAUUUUACCAGAAAUAUUGUCUUUUGCACGGAUUAGAGAUAUUGUUGCUUCUGAAAUUUUGUCAGCCAUAGACAUCACUGAUUGGACAAGGAAUUGUUAUAAAAACAAUGCCGCUAGAACUAGAGCCUCCCAUUGUAUUUGUAAUGUGUUUACCAUAAAACCAAAGAACUUUAAAUUAGCAAUGGACCAAUGGCAUAUGCAUCCUAAACUACUCAAGAUUGGGGAUUUCUCUACAUUUCAAUAUAUUUUGGAGACUGAUCCAGAAAUUCUACACAAAGCUAUACAUCUUCAUGGACGUUUUCAUCCGGAAAAUAUCGAUGAUCCAAACCCAUCUUUCGAGUUACUCAUAAAUUCUGGUACUAGGUUUGAUUCUUUAUUCUUGUCAUCUUUUGGAAAUGUGCAUUCAUUACCCGCUAUUACCAAAAAUCUCCAGUUAUCUUCUACCAUAUUGGAAGAUUACAAUAUUGGUGGACUAAAAAAAUUGUCUUUGGAUAUGACACUCCAUUCUGAAACGGAAGUUCCAUACAAUUUGUAUUCUAAUAUGGAGGAAUUGCACUUAUUAUUGUGUUACCCGACUAAUAUGAUCUUGCCUAAAAAAUUACGUAAACUAAUCGUCGACACAUCACACGAAAAUAGGGUAGCUUUUGCACCACAAGCAUUGUUCAAUUUAGAAUAUAUAAAGUAUUUCCAGUCAUGUAUGAAGUCUUUAAAUGAAACCAGAUUAGUUACCCCGAAUUUAAAACUGUUAUACCUUUCAUGUUGUCAUAAAUUUUCAGAUUUCGGAAGUUUGAAACGAUUAAAACAUCUUCAAGAUUUAAAAAUAUAUGAUUGUAUUUACCCAAUUGAUUUGUUUAACGGCAAGGCUUUUUCUGAGUUAAGAAGGUUUGAAUAUACAGCUUCAUCUAUUGAUGGAAAAUUGCCAAAUUUUGAAGUUCCAGAAACUUUUAAGAAUUUAACCUUGACUUUUCCUGCAAAUUUAAAAGUGUUAUCGAUCAACAAUGCAAUGUUUAUGAAGAUCAAUUUAAACACUUUAAAACUUCCUACUUCAUUGACAAAUCUAAAGCUUUCAAAUACACCCUUAAGUGAAGGAUAUUUGUAUUUUCCAGAAAAUUUAAGAUUUAUAGAGAUUGACGUGCCAAAAGUAUCAUUUAAAAGUGAUUUUCAGCUUCCCAGAGCGGCCGUAGAAGUGACCAUAGAGGCCGAUAUAAUUAUUUUUGAAGGGACUGAUUUUAUCUAUAACUUACCAGAGAAGCUAUCACAUUUGACCUUGAAGGCUGGCUUUAAGGGAGCAAUAGUGCCUUUAACUCAGAAAGUCAAAUGGCCCUCACUGAUGAAAUACUUUUAUUUAAAGAAUUUUUAUACUGAUGAAGAGCAAUUAAGAUUGUUAAAUUUGAAAGAAUCAAACCUUCAAACGAUUGAGAUUUUUAGAGGUAGAGUUAAGAAAUUGCCUGAUGAUUUAUUCCCAGUUAGUGUCAAAAGUUUGUCGUUAAUAAGAAUGGGAAUUGAAGAAUUGCCUCAAUCCUUUGAAUGCUUGCAAAACUUACACCAAUUAUACCUUAGGUUUAAUAACUUGAAGAAUGUGAAACCUGUUAAAUUACCAUUAUCAAACUUGAAAUAUUUGGAUCUAUCUUGUUCAAAACUCCGUUUAUUAUCACCAUUUUUGCAGUCGAAUCUUGAAGAAGCACGUUUUGAUGAUGAAAUAACUGUAGUUACUGAAUGUAAUUGGAAUUUGAAUGUCAUUGAUGCCAGACAAAUGUUGAAAAAAAUAAAGGGGCUCAGUUUAUAUGUUGAUGGAUUCCAUAAAACCUUAAAGAACAUAUCCCUGCACUCUUCACGUUUGCACAUUUUAGAUGUUCAUGACGAUCCCUUUUUUGAUGAACAGGAAUAUAAUGCCAGUCUAGAGGUUGUAUCUAGCUGCAGCUCAGAAGAUCUUUAUUGUGGAAGUGAUUCUGAUCUGGACGAAGAAGAAAAUGAGAGGGCAAAGAAAAGAAGAAAAAAGGGGAAUCCACAAUGA